UACUGCAGGUCAGGAAAGGUUCCACACAAUCACCACUUCAUACUAUAGAGGGGCGAUGGGUAUCAUGUUAGUGUAUGAUAUCACAAAUCCAAAAAGUUUUGACAACAUAGCAAAAUGGCUAAGAAACAUUGAUGAACAUGCCAAUGAAGAUGUAGAAAAGAUGAUUCUCGGAAACAAGUGUGACGUGAGCGACAAGAGGAUGAUAAGUAAAGAACGAGGUGAUGCAAUUGCCAGAGAGCACGGGAUUAGAUUUUUAGAAACCAGUGCAAAAGCAAAUGUUAACAUUGAAAGAGCAUUUCUCGAGCUCACGGAUGCAAUUUUGAGUAAGCAACUGGCUGGAAAGGAUCAGACAGAGGUUUUGGAUAAAGUACGGAUCGCGUCUUCGGACAAUAAAAGUGGAGGAAAAUGUUGCUAGGUUGUACAACUCUCCAUCUGCACCACAGCAACCGUAGCAAAGAUACGAAGAAGAAUUGGUAAGACCAACAACCCCUAGAAUCUCACUAGCAACCACUACUGGGGCUAAAGGCACGUAGCCAGUGAAGAAACAUUGCCAACUGCUGUAGUUGUACUUAUAAAACUACAAUGAAACUUUCUUGUGUGAAGAUAACAGAUGUCUCCGUCUUAAAGCUUGAUGUAUUUGCUGCUUUAAAAGAAGUUUUCUUAAUGACCUAUCUUAAGUGCAGACAUAAUUGAUAUUCACAUCUGUAAUGCUGGUGCAAGUAUCUAAAGUCUAUUGAUUUAUUUCAUCAUGUUAUACUUUCUACUGUUUCAUCAUUUCCAGCUCGACAGAUAUGGUGAUGUGUGGUGGAUUAAAAAACUGAAAUGCAGAUGGAUCAUAUUGUACAAAUUUUUUAUGGUAAAUAGAAGAACGACUAUGUGCCCCCACAAAUUCAUGUGGUGGUUGAAAAAUGAAAUACUAGGUUUUGUUGAUAAUGUCUUUUGCUAACCUUGUUGUUUUUGACACUAGGCAAUUGUCUGUUACGAAAUAUAACAAUUUAUAUUCACGGUUGUAGAAAGAAAGCCAUUUGAUGUGACGUUACAUGUAAACUGUGUGACUAUUUCAUAUUUUUGCUUAAAGUAUUGCAAUAUAUGUAUGUGUGUUUGUCCCAAUUACAAUAACACAAACCUCCUUAUACGCUGGUGAAUGCUAAGGUUUCACACUUUUUCUUUUUUCUAACACGUAUUUGCACAUUUGACUGGGAUCUAUACUGCAUUUAGAAUCACCUUUAUAUGCUACAGAGAGUUUCUGUCUCCAUAAUAAACUAUAUUAAAGCAGAAUUUUGGAAAAGUAUGCAUGUGUUUGAAUUGUUUGGGUAAAAACUGAUGAGUUAUACAACAGAAAAAAAUGGUUGUUGUUUCCAUCUGUCUGUAAAUUGUUUUAAUUAUAUUUGAAAAUAAAGUAUAGAUAACACAAAGACUUUUUAAGUCAGAUUAAAGGGAAAUAACAAUUCUUACAACAAGAUAAAACAUUCUGCAGUACUGAUGUUAUGUGGAAAACUGCAAAGUUUGAACAAGGGAAUUUUACAAAACAAAAACCGAUAGUUAUCUAAAAAAGGAGAGGAUAUAAUUACUAGGAAUUUAAGUUAUAAAUAAACUCAACUUAGUUAUGAGAUUUUAUAAGAAAACUGUAAAUAUUGCUUAGUGAGUUUCUGUUUUGCAUAUUACCAAAUAGUAUUUUUACAGGAAAAAUAAAUUAUCAGAAGUAACAACAAAAAUAUAGUCAUAUUAUAAAUUGUAAAAGUCUCACAAAUAUGAUAGUUUACUUCUGAAUUUGUCAAUUAAUUAUUUUUUACAAUAUCCAUUAUGAUCACCAGUCUAUUUCUUCCAAUUUUUGAAUGUAAUUAACAAAAGUCUAGUCACAUUACAAAUUGCAUAAGUCCCACAGAAAUGGUAGUUUAUUGCUGAUUAGAGGGUAUCACUUAACCCAAGAAUGCCAGCCAGCAUGAUUAGUAUACAGAUUUAACUUGUAUGGGAUCAUAAUGACCCUAUACUGCCAUUCUAGGGUUAAGGGUUCUUGUGUGUACUGUGCUAUACAAUAAACUUGUGGACCAACCACCUUAUUUCUAUAAUGCAGCACUUUAGCAAUGACUAAAGUAUUUUAAAAUUGUUUUUAUAAUGCUAAGAAAACUGUUCAAUUCCUCUAAAGUUUCUGUACCUUAAGAAUUGGGGGCCUUUAUGCAAUAGUAAAAUUGGAGGUUGUGAGUUGUACUCUGUAAAUACUUCGUGAAUGCCAGUUUGGUUAUGAAGAAGGCUCAUUCCAUCAGUUAACUCUCCAGAUAUUAGCUACCACUUACUAUAUUUGUUGAUAAAAGUGAUUAGAAUUAUCAUUUAUGAUCGUAACCUCUCUGAAAUCUCAAAUAAAUCUACUGAUGAUGCAAAUGUUUUAAUGAGAGAGAGAUGCUGCAAUUGGUGCAUUAAGCCGAUUGUUUUGUCAUAUGUUAAGUACAGUCUUCAUUGAUGUCAGGCCUCCCAGUGAACCUAUAAAACUUGUAUUUUUCACCAAACCCCAAACUAUACAUACAUGUGUACUAUUUUUCAGAAAAAUAUAAGGGAGUUAGGAGAAGAAAAAAAAAUAAAAUUCAUCACUGUAAUGGUAAAGAAAACCAAAAACAAGAGCCUAAUAAAUUGGUAAGUAUUCUUUGAAAAACUUAAAUGAAAUUUUGGUCCUAGUAAUAUUGUGCUUUUAUGAAUAGUUCAUGUUGAAAAACUGGAUGAUUUGCAAAAAAAUAGGCAGAAAAACCUAUAUUGCUCUGGCCUAUAAAAAAAAUAAAUUUUAAAGACUGACAGCUUAGAUAUCUGUAUCUCCCAAAAAAAGGUUUUUUUUUACUUAUCUAAUUUUAUUGUAUAACAGUAUGAUGGCUGAAAAGAUUGCAUAAUUUUCAGUAGUUUCAACUUCUGUUCCGUGUACUUCUCUCUAAUAUUUAACCUGUCCUCUUUUGAAAGUUAAUUUUAAUACAAGACAAAUCUGAUUUUGAGAUUUAUGGUUUUUCCUAGUUAAUUUAAACACUGUGUAGUAGAGAUACGAGAAUCUCAAAUAGAUAGCUUUGCAAAUCAUCCCUGAAGUGAUUUUUAUAAUCACCAUGGCAAUUAUAUUUAUGUUGGUCACGUGGUUCAACUUGCAUUUGUGCAUUUUUAUAGUAGGACAGUGUAAUUUAGAAAGUGAUAAAUAUUUCAGAAUUCAGAGUUGAAAUUAUUGAAGUCACUAACUUUCACCUAUGUACAGGACUUAAUUGGUAUUUUGGUAAAACAUAUGGUUAUCAUUUUUUCUUCAUAUGUUUUUGACAACCUUUUUGUGCAAACUUAAAUCUUGUACUACAAACAAUUAUGUCACAUUACUGAAUUAAAUCUAUAUGCUUUCUCCAGUUUCUUACAUUGCCUUUAUUUUCAUAGGGAUUGUUAAAAAAUUCACUAUGAAAAGUGUACAAGCAACCAGGAAGAAUUGUAAACUGUUUUUUUGAAAAAUACAAUUGAAAUAUCAGAAAA